AAGCGCUUCACUGAGCGCUCGCCGCCACCCAGCCUCCCCUCGCGCGCCUCCCAGCUCUUCCCAGAGCAACUGGGAGCUAGGAGUGGUUCAGAGCUCCGGGGUGGGAAGGUCGAGUCUAGCUGGCCUUUCUCUGGGCUCGCUUCUUUUCUCUAUCAGGCCUUUCCACUUGUGUGAAAGCGAGUGUGUGAGCCAUGAAGCAAAUAGGUUGGACUCUGCAGUGCACUGCUUUCGCCCUCUUUUGCGCCUGGUUUGCACCGAACAGCGUAAAAGCCAAGAGGCAGUUUGUCAAUGAAUGGGCGGCGGAGAUCCCCGGGGGUCCAGAAGCAGCCUCUGCCAUCGCCGAGGAGCUGGGCUAUGACCUUUUGGGCCAGAUUGGAUCACUUGAAAAUCACUACUUAUUCAAACACAAAAACCAUCCCCGAAGGUCUCGAAGAAGUGCUCUUCAUAUCACUAAGAGAUUGUCUGAUGAUGAUCGUGUGAUAUGGGCCGAACAGCAGUAUGAAAAGGAGAGAAGGAAACGUUCAGUUCUAAGAGACUCAGCAUUAAACCUCUUCAAUGAUCCAAUGUGGAAUCAGCAGUGGUACUUGCAAGACACCAGAAUGACAGCAGCCCUGCCCAAGCUGGAUCUUCAUGUGAUACCUGUUUGGCAAAAGGGUAUUACAGGCAAAGGAGUUGUUAUUACCGUACUGGAUGAUGGACUGGAGUGGAAUCACACAGACAUUUAUGCCAACUAUGACCCAGAGGCUAGCUAUGAUUUCAACGAUAAUGAUCAUGAUCCAUUUCCCCGCUAUGAUCCCACAAAUGAAAACAAACAUGGGACUAGAUGUGCGGGAGAAAUUGCCAUGCAAGCAAACAAUCACAAGUGCGGGGUUGGAGUUGCCUACAAUUCCAAGGUUGGAGGCAUAAGAAUGCUAGAUGGCAUUGUGACUGAUGCUAUUGAGGCCAGUUCAAUUGGGUUCAAUCCUGGCCAUGUGGAUAUUUACAGUGCAAGCUGGGGCCCUAAUGAUGAUGGGAAAACUGUGGAGGGGCCCGGUAGACUAGCCCAGAAGGCUUUUGAAUAUGGCGUCAAACAGGGGAGACAAGGGAAAGGUUCCAUCUUUGUCUGGGCUUCCGGGAAUGGGGGUCGUCAGGGAGAUAACUGUGACUGUGAUGGCUACACAGACAGCAUUUACACCAUCUCCAUCAGCAGCGCCUCCCAACAAGGUCUGUCGCCCUGGUAUGCAGAGAAGUGUUCCUCCACACUGGCCACCUCCUACAGCAGCGGGGAUUACACAGACCAGCGAAUCACAAGUGCUGACCUGCACAACGACUGUACAGAGACCCACACAGGCACCUCGGCCUCUGCACCUCUAGCUGCUGGCAUCUUCGCUCUGGCCUUGGAAGCAAACCCAAAUCUCACAUGGCGAGAUAUGCAGCACUUGGUGGUCUGGACCUCUGAGUAUGACCCAUUGGCCAGUAACCCUGGGUGGAAGAAGAAUGGAGCAGGCUUGAUGGUGAACAGUCGAUUUGGAUUUGGCUUGCUAAAUGCUAAAGCUCUGGUGGAUUUAGCUGACCCUGGAACCUGGAGCAGUGUACCCGAGAAGAGAGAAUGUGUUGUAAAAGACAAUGACUUUGAGCCCAGAGCCCUGAAAGCUAAUGGAGAAGUUAUCAUUGAAAUUCCAACAAGAGCUUGUGAAGGACAAGAAAAUGCUAUCAAGUCCCUGGAGCAUGUGCAAUUUGAAGCAACCAUUGAAUAUUCCCGUAGAGGAGACCUUCACGUCACACUCACUUCAGCUGCUGGAACCAGCACCGUACUGUUGGCUGAAAGGGAGCGAGAUACAUCCCCUAAUGGCUUUAAGAACUGGGACUUCAUGUCUGUUCACACAUGGGGAGAGAAUCCUAUUGGCACCUGGACUUUGAGAAUCACAGACAUGUCUGGAAGAAUACAAAAUGAAGGGAGGAUCGUGAACUGGAAACUGAUUUUGCAUGGGACCUCUUCUCAGCCAGAGCAUAUGAAGCAGCCUCGUGUGUACACGUCCUACAACACUGUCCAGAAUGACAGGAGAGGAGUGGAAAAGAUGGUGGAUGUUGUGGAGGAGCAACCCACACAGAAGCUGAACGACAAUCUACUGGUGUCCAAAAGCCCCAGCAGCAGCGGUAUGGGGAGCAGAAGAGAUGAGCUGGCAGGAGGGGCACCUUCAGAGGCCAUGCUGCGACUCCUGCAAAGUGCUUUUAGCAAAAACUCACCUCCAAAGCAAUCACCAAAGAAGUCUCCAAGUGCAAAGCUCAACAUCCCUUAUGAAAAUUUCUAUGAAGCACUGGAAAAACUGAACAAACCCUCCCAACUUAAGGACUCUGAAGACAAUCUGUAUAGCGACUAUGUUGAUGUUUUCUAUAACACAAAACCUUAUAAACACAGAGAUGACCGGCUGCUCCAAGCUCUAGUGGACAUUCUGAAUGAGGAAAAUUAAAUGAAGUGUGUGGUCCCAAGUUGGAAAUAUUCAUGCAUCCUCCUUUCCUUAGAUUUUCCCAUGUCUGGAGUGGUUGUUUUGUUAUUAAUCCCUAUGCUUGUAAUUUCCUUCCUACUAAUUAUACUUUUUUCUCCUUAAGCUAUAUAUUCGAAAGGGAAGAGCUCUACUAGGAAAGACAACUUGAAGAAUUGAUCACAGUGUUUUAAAAACACGUCUUCCCUCCCUGUGCAAGUGAAGCAAUUUCUUUCUGAAGUCACAGUUGACAUACAGCCACAUGAUCCAUUAAAAUGUCUUCCCUGAGUCUGCCCACACUGUAACUCACAAGGGGAAAACCUGAGAGCUGCAUUACUUUGAAAAAAGUAAUCUGAAAAGAUGAGGGAGGGAAAAUUGCAUUUACAUCUUGUUCCCUAUUGUGGCCACGGGGCUUUUUGAAUGUUGAUGACAAGGAAGCAUUCAGAAAGUUUCUAAUGAAUAAGUUCAAAAUUAGGCCAAUACCCCAGGCCUUUCUACCCCAAAUGUUGCUCAUUCUGGAACUGAUAAUCUGACCAUUUUAGGGGGAAAAUAAACUAUAUUACUUAGAUCUAGAAAUGUACCUUGAAAUUUGCAUUAUUUAGAAUGUUCUAGAACAGUCCUCUUGCUUGGUGUGCCACAUAGAGGUCUCUUUUGAUCUACAGGUGGCCAUGACUCGCAUUGUAUCACCUGGUCUUCUGUUUUCCCUUCUGCCUUGUACAUCUUUCUGAGCGAAAACCUAAGUAUUGAAAGAACCAAUUUAUACCAUUUUCUCAGAGCAAACCUAUGCUUGGGGCUUGGCAAAUUUCUAGUCAUUAAUUUGUUUAAUAAUAGGCAGUUACUCAAUAUGGAGAACCAAUAUAAUCAUAGGUAAAAUGCUAGUAAAGGGGAGAACCAAUGAUAGGGUUUUUUAAAGUUGUGAUCCUUAGGAUAGGUUCUUCUGGCUCUUUGGAAGUAAGCAUUCAUUCCUGGACCCUGCAGGGUCUUCUCCAAUCUUACAGAGAAUAGUAUCCAAAUUCUUCCUUGCUCACAUGUUUCAAACCAGAAGACAUAGACGGGCAGUCCAACUGCCUCAUUUGAUCUUCUUAGAGUUAUGAAGAAUGUUUUAAAAAUGUGAAGGAUUAUUAAACAUUUGAUAUUUCCCAUAAAGCCUGUUUCUCAGAACCAUCUUCCCUUUGACAAGGGCUGACUGCAGCUGAGUAGCACUGGCCCAUUUAGAUCUGAAGUCCAGGCCUCCCUUACACUGACCACCCUUUUAAUUUCUUCUCAGAAUCUGAUAGGCAUUUCCCUGUUUUAUUAUCAUAUGUUAAUUGUAGGAAAUAAGGUUUCAUCAUGACAUUCUCAUACAUGUAUAUAUGAUGUAUUUAGAUCAAACAUGUCCCCCAUUAGCCUCUCUUCACUCCCGGCUUGUCCUCUUUCUUGUCACAACUGGUCUCUCUUCUAAUGUCAUGCAUUUUUGUUUCACCUAGGUGCCACAUAUAAGAGAAAACAAAUGAUAUUUGUCUUCUUAAGCAUGCGAUUUUACCCACUCUGCACUAAAUGAAUGUGUACUAAGUGUAAAUGCAUUAGGAAAAAGAAUAUUCUCAAUUACUUCCAAGCAGAGUUUGUCAUUAAUAAUUGAGUUUGCUAUGAUCUAGUUAAUUUGUUGCAUUUAUAAGCAAAAAGAGUACUUUGGACUCUGAAAAUAUGUCUGAAAUCUUGUUUAACAUAUUCCUUUAAUCUUAUCUCACCUGGAUGUUCAUUUCUACUAUUCAUUAACUGCCAUCUCCUACUUCCUCCUCUCAAAAUACAGUGCUAGUAGUCCCCAACUGAGCUGCUGAUUGUAAAACCUCCACAAAGUUUGAGCACUAUAAGCCACCCCCAACACUGAACUAAAUCAGAAAGACAGCUAAUUUGCUUUUGCUUGAAGUGAGGCUGGUAAGACAGAUGUUCACUUCCAGUUCUACCACUUGAAUUUGUGCAGAAUGAGGCUCUCUCCAGAGCUACACCGCUUAGCAGAUGCUCUCUUAGAACACUUGCAGUAUCUCUCUAUCGGUCCUUGAAGGUUUUAUAUGUUGCUUGAUAUAAGAUGUUAAAUAGAAUUUUCUAGAUUAUAGUGCAUUAGCUGGGCAUGGUGGUGCACACCUUUCAUUCCAGCCCUCAACAGAGGCAAGUAGAUCUCUGUAAAUUCAAGGGCCAGCCUAUUCUACAUAGUGAGUUCCAGGCCAGUCAAGGCUGCGUAGUGAGACCCUGUUUCAAAAAACCAAAACAAACCAAACAAAAAAUGUAGCACAUUACAAAGUAUUAAAACUGAAAAGUUAUUAUAUUAAAUUUCAACUAAAUAAAAAAACUAAGGCCUAGAGAGUCCAAUUAAUGAGUGAUAAAAAGUGAAGGACUUGAAGGUCAACCUCCUCCUCUCCUAGUCCUUAUCUUGUUCUAAAUAUACAGAGUUUCCUUUAGCCCUUUCUAAUGCUGUCUUUUCCCUGUAAGAACCCCAACCAACUCAUAGGUUAUAGCCAAAGGUUCACUCUAGAGAAGCUUUAAUAUUUAGAUAAUAUCAUGCCGAAUGUUUCCAACCUGGAGUAUAUUGUUUAGACAUAAAGUAUUUUUGUCAGUUUUUCUUAGUGCUUGUGUGGAUUUUUGUGAAAAUGUUAAAAAGGAAAAUUAUAUAAUAUUUCCUUCAGAAUUUUAAGCUAUAUUUUCUUUAUAGGUAUUUAUAAUGUACCAACGCUUUUAUCAAACAGAAUUUUAAAAGGCAUAAUAAUUAUAUUAAAGAACCAAACGUUUUCCUGAAAAUAAGAAAGUUUCAUCCAAUAAAAUAUUUUUUGAAAAGCAUGUUCCUCCAUUAAUGGAAAAAAAAUUUAUGUACUUAUGUAUUUGUUGUGCUAUUAAAAGUGAUGUUUGUCUAAUAUCCUAAUAUAGUGUAUAACAGAGUCUAACAUGUGGGCUUAGAAUUCUUAAGGGAACUCCUACAUUACACAUUUGAUGUAUUAACAAGAAUAUGUAUAUUAUGAUUAUAAAUCAGAAGAAUAAAUGGUUUCUCACUAAGUCAAAAUGAACAAGCUC